GCUGGUGAUUUUGGAUUGUUGCUCCAGGUUCCAGGUCCAGGUCUGAAGCUGACCCUGUACCAGUAUAAGACGUGUCCCUUCUGCAGUAAAGUGCGAGCCUUCCUGGACUUCUACGAGCUGCCGUACGAGAUCGUGGAGGUGAACCCGGUGAUGAGGCAGGAGAUCAAGUGGUCGACCUACAGGAAGGUGCCCAUCCUGAUGGUGGACGACGUGCAACUGAACGACUCGUCCGUCAUCAUCAGCUCCAUCAGGACUCAUUUAAUCAACCAGAACAAAAGCAUGUCUGACAUCACUUCCUGUUACCCGGAGCUGAAGUCGGUGAGCGACAGCGGGAAGGAAGUGACGGAGUACAGUAACAAAUACUGGCUGAUGCUGAGCGAGGACGAGACGGCCGCCAUUUACCCGGAGAAGGGGACGCAGAAAGAGGAGAUGAAGUGGCGUAAGUGGACGGACGAGUGGCUCGUCCACCUCAUCUCUCCCAACGUGUACAGGACCAGCGGCGAGGCUCUGGCGUCCUUCGACUACAUCGUCCGCGAGGGAAACUUCGGGUCUUUUGAAGGUUUCUUUGCCAAAUACGUGGGCGCGGCGGCCAUGUUUGUCAUCUCCAAGAGGCUGAAGAGACGACACAACCUGCAGGACGACGUCAGGCAGGACCUGUACAAGGCCGUCAACGAGUGGGUGGCGGCCAUCGGCAAGAAGAGGAAGUUCAUGGGCGGAGACUGUCCCAACCUGGCCGACCUGGCCGUGUUCGGCGUCCUCAGAGUGAUGGAAGGUCUGCAGGCGUUUGACGACAUGAUGAACAACACCAAAGUCAAGUGGUGGUACAGACGCAUGGAGCGGGCCACGCUCGGCCACCACUGACCUCUGCUGGUGAACCGCUGCAGCUGCGACAGGAAAGCAUCAGUGAGAUUUUCACAAUAAAAGCACAUGACUGUGUUUCUGAUGCAGUCAUAAGAAAAAUAAGGAGAAUUCUGCAAAAAGGUCAUUUUUGCACAUUUCCAGGAACUGAAAUGUUUUCUGGGAAAAUAAAAAGUGUGUUUUGGUUCUGAA